AUGGCUGCAAUGGCGGCUCCCCAUCAGCCAAGAUACAAUCUUGAGGAUCCCGGUUACGAGCCUCGCACUGCUCGUGACGCCCGCGAGGCAGCUCGUGCUGCGCGAAAUGGCCAGAGCCCGAGAUACAGACGCACUCAAUCGCCCGAGCAACUCGAUGACUUCCGCCCUCAGAGUGAAGAAUUCGAGAUGCGCUCACCCACCUCUGACGUGGCAUUGCAGAAUGCUAUGGUGGCACAAGCUCACCAGCAGCAACAGCGUGUUGUUCCCGUUGGUCAGCCUUCGCAGCGUAGGCAACCUCCAGGUCCAGGCCCAAACACCAACGCUCCUAGAGGCCCAGGUCCAGGUCCAGGCCCUCAGCAACCAAUGCCUCCCACUUACCCUGGCGAGGUGGACGGAGGUCCUCAGCAGCAGCAGCCCAAUGGGCCCAGAGAAAAUGGGCGGUACAGACGUCAAUCGCGCCGCGCUUCAGAGUCUGAACCCCGACCUCACGGAGAGUCACCUCCCCGAAAUGGACCAAACAUGCAGCAGAGCCGUGUUUCUCAAUCCAUGGCCUCAGACCAGCACCGGCAGCGCCGCGCGCCUUCACCAGACCGUCUGGCAGUCCCUGGCAAUGAUAUCAACCGUCUCAACAGCCCCUCCAUUCAAAAGAGCGUUCUUCUUCCUCUUGAGCAGAAGAUUCACGAGUAUGAUCAUCUCAUGAGCGAGGCCCAAGCCCAAAUGAACCAACUCGACGAUGAGAUCCGCGCUCUUCAAGAACGACGUCGCCAAGCCGAGGACCGCUUCAUCGAAGCCAAGUCCAAGCACGAUGACUAUUCUCGUCAACAUGAUCAGGUGGGCAAAGCUCUCCGCGGGGAACUCAUGCAGCAGCCCCCACCACCUGCGGUCCGUCCGCCCGUUCAGCGCAUGGAGAGCAUCGACAGUUUCGACCCUCGACCCGUCAGCGCGCAGAGCUCUUUUCAUCAGAAGCCUAAGAAAGGGGGCUUGCGCAUGUCUUUGUUCAACAGGAGCAACUGA